UUUGUCUCUCUGUCUUACCUGCCCUUCUCUCUCUUUCUCUCUCUUCUUCCUUUAAUAUUUUCUAUACUUACCCAGUAAGCCAGUCUCUCUUUUCAAUGCUCUUCUUCGUCUCUUUGCACACAAACUGAGAUCCAUUUCUCUCAAUGUGAAAAAUACUACUUUCUGAUUACAGGUUGUGAUAUUCAAAUAUUUCUUUUACUGGGUGCUUGAGUAUUUGCUUCCUGGUUAUAUUAUUGUGUGUUUAUCAUCAAGAUUUGGUCUUUUUUGGUUCAUUAAAAAGAAGAAAAAGUUGUAGCUUUCAAUCAAAGCAUCUGGGACUUGAAGCUUUACUGCUGCUACUCGAAAUCGUCUCCUUUUGUGGGUUUUGGAUGAUGGGUUUGGAUUUGGAUUUGAGUUCCUUGUGGGGUUUAGCUUUGUAAUAAGGAAAUAAGAAGAAUAAGAAGAGAAAAAAAAAAAAAAAAAGGUUCGUUUUGGAUUAGAUUGAACUUGGUUUUUAAUUUUUAAUUUUUAAUUUUUAUUUUUUGGUGUGGAUUUGAUGCUUGGUCCAAGACAAUGGAGAUGUUUAUGGCCAGAUUUUUAUUCCUUUAGCAUUCAACACUUUAGCUUAGUGAAGUAACAAAUGAAGAACCUUCUUAAGAAGCUCCACAUAAUGUCCAAUCAAUCAGAAGAUGGCGGAGGAGAAGGGUCAACUUCAUCAAGGGGUAGUCACAAAUCCAUUGAAGGCUCUUCUCCUGACAGGAUUUUGCACUCUAGGUCCCACCAUAAUCCUGAUCUCAACAAAUCAUUUUCUGGGCUUUCAGGAUUGUUCAAUUCAGUUACUAAUAGACACAGUUCUACUCUCUCAUCAUCAUCAUCAUCACCUACCAAUGUGACAAGAGGUGAGAGAAGUGGACCAGCUGAUGCUGCGGUUUCGGUUAUUAGUUCCGGUUUGGAUGUCGGGUUGGAGACGUCGAGGCAAGAUUCGGGGUCGAGUAACUCGAGGGAUCCUGAUGUGGAGGAAGAAUAUCAGAUACAAUUGGCUUUGGAAUUGAGUGCCAGGGAGGAUCCGGAGGCAGUUCAGAUUGAGGCUGUGAAGCAGAUUAGUUUGGGCUCUUGUGCUCCUGAUAAUACUCCAGCUGAAGUUGUUGCCUAUAGAUAUUGGAAUUACAAUUCUCUUAGCUAUGAUGACAAGAUCUUGGAUGGCUUCUAUGAUCUAUAUGGAAUCUUGACCGUAUCCACCUCGGAAAGAAUGCCAUCCCUUGUUGAUCUGCAAGGAACGCCUGUAUCAGAGAAUGUCACCUGGGAAGCAGUUUUGGUCAAUAAGGCUGCUGAUUCAAAUUUGUUGAAGCUUGAGCAGAUGGCGCUUGAGAUGGCUGUAAAGUCAAGGUCGGAUUCUUUGGUUUUUGUAAAUAGCGAUUUGGUGCGAAAACUUGCAGUUUUAGUUGCUAACUAUAUGGGUGGGCCAGUUGGGGAUCCUGAAAGCAUGUUGAGAGAAUGGCAAAGUCUCAGUAAUAAGUUGAAAGCAACCAUUGGUAGCAUGGUUCUGCCACUUGGUUCUUUGAAAAUUGGAUUGGCUCGGCAUCGCGCGUUAUUGUUCAAGGUUUUGGCUGAUUGUGUGAGCAUCCCCUGCCGACUAGUGAAGGGACAACAGUAUACUGGUUCCAUUGAUGUGGCAAUGAACUUUGUAAAGAUCACUGGUGGAAGGGAGUACAUAGUUGAUCUAAUGGCAGAUCCUGGUACACUUAUUCCAUCUGAUGCAGCUGGAUCACAUAUAGAGUAUGAUGAAUCUUUCUUCUCUGCUAGUCCUUUGUCCAGAGACAUUGAUUCAUCUCGUGCCGCCUCUUCCAGCAGCGGGGUUGGAAGUUCAUUUGAGGAUUAUUCAGACUUCGGGACAUUUGAAAAGAGAACAAGGUUCCAAAACCCUCCCUUGGUAGGACGGGAAUCUGAUGACAAAGAAGAAAUAACUGCUCCUGCAAAACUAGUGGGACCAACUGAGUUUGAGGGAGAAUCCAAAACGCUCUCAGAUGAUUUGAAAAAACCUACAGAAGAGAAGAGGCUCGGGCAGGAAUUUCUGACCAGGACUAAUUACCCUUAUGCGCAUGCAAGAUCUCCUUCUUGGACCGAAGGCGUUAGCUCCCCUGCUGUUCGUAAAAAGAAAGUGAAGGAUGUUUCUAAAUACAUGAUAGAUGCUGCCAAAGAGAAUCCACGAUUAGCUCAGAAACUCCAUGAUGUGUUGCUCGAAAGUGGCGUUGUUGCUCCUCCAAACCUUUUUACAGAAGCUUAUCCAGAACAAGUAGAUGUGUCGACAAUUGAGCCCAGUUUUCAAAGAGAAGAUUUGGGUGAAAAUAAGGAAGUUAUUGAAAUGCAAGAAAAUAAAGGCCAAGAUGAUAUCGCUCCAGGUUGGUUUCUGCCUCCUUUGCCUGACAACAGAGUACAUUCUAAAGCAACUCCUGGUCAACCAGAGCCUCUAAAAGUUGUGGAAGGUUUAGGGAUCAACCUCACACGUGAUAGUCGGGAAAUAGCAGGACACAUUUUCUCAUCACAGUCUGAAAUGGCUCCUGUGAAAUAUACAAAAAAUGUCCCAGUUGCUGCAGCCGCUGCAGCUGCGGCAGCUGUUGUUGCGUCUUCAAUGGUUGUUGCUGCGACAAAGUCAACUGCUGACCCGAAUCUCGAACUUCCAGUAGCAGCUGCUGCCACCGCUACUGCUGCAGCUGUGGUCGCAACCACUGCAGCUGUCAGUAAGCAGUAUGAGCAUGGCAUGCGAAGUGAUGGAGACACAGAUAGUGGUGGUUAUGAACCACGAGGUAGUGGUGACCGUGAGCAUGAUGGUGUGGUAACAACUUCAGAAGGCGAGAGAAUAUCAGAUAAGUCUGCAGGUAAUGAGAGCACGAAAUCUGAUUCAAUUGAUGACGUCGCAGACUGCGAAAUUCCGUGGGAGGAUAUCAGCUUGGGUGAGCGUAUUGGACUUGGAUCUUAUGGGGAGGUCUACCGCGGAGAGUGGCAUGGGACUGAAGUUGCUGUGAAGAGAUUUCUGGACCAAGAAAUUUUGGGUGAAUCACUGGCAGAAUUCAUGAAAGAGGUUCGGAUAAUGAAAAGACUCAGGCAUCCGAAUGUUGUCCUGUUCAUGGGGGCUGUUACUCGUGCUCCAAAUCUUUCUAUUGUUACAGAAUUCCUCCCAAGAGGUAGUUUAUAUAGGUUACUUCAUCGGCCUAACAACCAAUUAGACGAAAGGAGGCGCUUGAGAAUGGCUCUUGAUGCUGCUCGGGGAAUGAACUAUUUGCAUAAUUGCACACCGGUGAUUGUACACCGUGAUUUGAAGUCCCCAAAUCUUCUUGUUGAUAAAAAUUGGGUAGUGAAGGUCUGCGAUUUUGGACUCUCUAAAGUGAAGCACAGCACAUUUCUCUCUUCAAGGUCCACCGCCGGAACGGCUGAAUGGAUGGCUCCCGAAGUUCUAAGAAAUGAACCUUCAGAUGAGAAGUGUGAUGUUUAUAGCUUUGGGGUAAUAUUGUGGGAACUGUCUACAAUGCAACAACCGUGGGGGGGAAUGAACCCAAUGCAAGUUGUCGGUGCGGUUGGAUUUCAACAUCGACGGCUUGACAUUCCCGAUGAUGUGGAUCCUGCAAUUGCGGAUAUCAUCAGAAAGUGCUGGCAGACAGAUCCAAAACUAAGACCCACAUUUGCGGAGAUCAUGGCUGCUCUGAAGCCGUUACAGAAGCCUAUAAACAGUUCUCAAGUUCCGAGACCCAGUGGCGGCCGUGAGAGAGUUCAGCCAUCAAAAGUUGCAGAAGAAGCUGCAGACUAGUGAGAGCAAUUUUUCCUAUCUGACUGAAUGUUACGUUGGUUGGUUCCAGCCAAACCAAUAACAAGCAGUCAAUUUGUAGAUUGUUUGGAACAAGUAUGAGAAAGAAAACGAUUGAAGAUCAUGAGAUGACAUAUACUCAAAUUUGAGGUUGUGAUUCUUUUUUCUUGGUUUCCUUUUUUUCUCUAUAUAUUUUUAGCCGGGGCAGCCAUUCUUAAGGUUGUGCUUUGUUUGUAAACAAAAAAGAAUGAAAAAAAAAAAAAAAACAGAAGAAAAAAUAUCAAUUGAAAUUGUUGUAGCCCAUGUCUGAAUUGUUUCUGUCCAUGUAUUCUUGCCGAGUUCUCAGAAUGAAUGACAGGAUAGAAUAACUGAAACAGUUUUUUUUUUUUUCUGCGUGGAAAUUGCCCAAAAAGGAAGAAAAUGUUUGCUUUGGAUCUAAGAUUGCCAGGAUCUCAAUGCUAAAGUUGACCUGAAGAUAUCAUAACUAAGUGCACAGUUCUGACAUUUUACUGCCUAAAGUAAAAGGCUUUUUCCAUGAAACAAUUGAAGAAGUGGUAGUGACUUAUUAGCACUGAUAUAGGACCAAACCACAUAGCAAGUUUUCCACUUUCCUUUCUUAGGGUAUGUGAAUAAUGGCCCAA